AUGAACGGUCAGGUGAUAAAAACGUACAGCAAAAGAAAACCUGUUGCUUUGUUUAAAACAGAAUCAAAACUGGUGCCGAGUAUUACAAAAUUACGGCUCAGUAAAAUUCGGGAGUCGCAAUUGAAUGACAAAACUUUGGAAAUUGGAACGUUUGACGAUACUUUCGAUAGACUAGUUGCUGGUGUAGACAAACCACCAUCGUCCAAGAAUUCUCCAAAACAGGUUGACCUUGUUGGCCAGGUUGGUUUGAAUCAAGUUGUGUUUAAAGUCCCUCGGCAGACUCAGAAAAGUUAUGGUAAGAAAAACAAACAGACUUUAAAGUAUGAUGAGAAUCGCAAUGAAGAGGAACAGAAUACAGAUAAAAAUAGCAUUUCUGAUAAAAAUAAUACUGUCAAACGGAAAAGACUUCAUUCUGACAGCAGUGAUGAUGGUAAGACUUGUAACACCGAUGUUCCAGAUAGUGAUAAAGAGGAAGCACCCUAUUUUGUUGAAAGAAAAGCAGGAGGUGCCAAGAAAAAGAGAAAAUUAUCUCAUACCAAGGAAAGUAAAAAUGACAUUAAAUUAAAAAAAUGUACAGUUCCCUUACAAAGAUUUAAAUUAGGCACCAACACUAUUGACAAUGAAGUAAGCACUGCGGAGAACAAAGCAGAUAAAGAAAAUGUAUCCCAAUCCAAUGAUAGUUUUUUAAAGGUUCCUGAAUCAUGGAAACAUACAGAUUAUCUUACCAGUACACCCUUUCAGAAUAGAAGAUUAAAUGUUUGUUUGGAUAAUAUAUCUCCCAUUGCUUUAAAUAAAGUAUCACAAAAUAGUCAUAGUCGAGGUAGCCCUUUAAAAAAUAGUAUAAACACAGAAAACAGAAAUGCAGUAGAAAAAAGCAUGAAUCUCUCAAAUAUUUCUCAGUCGCUAUUUAGCAGCCGUGAAAAUGAUUAUUCUGGAAUGCCCGUGAAUUUUACCAAGUCUGUCAAUGGGAACAAGAUCAAUCCAAAAAGUUUUGUAGAUUCUCCACUACUUUUUGAAGACACGCUUACUAAUGACAGCAAUAAAAGUAAUAUUAGUACUGCAAGUUCUCUUAAAAAUAUUGAAAAGCCAUUCAAUACUAUUAAAAUAUCAUUCGAUAGUUCUGUUGAAAAUAUUAAGAUUCUUGAAAAUCAAGACUCUGGUGAAAAAAUGAACCCAAGAUUUUAUGAGUCUUCGUACAUUCCUGAUGAUUGGACUAAUGAUUACAAUUCGUCAUAUGAGUAUUACGCGGAAAAAAAAGAUGACAAACAAGUAGUAGAAAGUACCACAAAAAAUGUAGAAGAUAUACCGAACACAUCAUGCACAAAGGAUAAAGAUAAUGAUUUUGAGAAUUCGACAAGUGGUAUCAGCUCAAAAAAUGCGAGUAGUUUAGACAAACAAAACCUUAGUAUCGAACGCAGUAUGGAUAGUAAAAGCAUUGAAAAAGAAACUGUUACAUCAAAAAGUAUAGAAAACGAUUUUGAACAAAGUUGUGACAAUUCUUUGCAGUCCGCGUCAAAGUUUUCAGAAAAAAGUCAAGUUAUAAACGAUACAAUAAUAGAAAACGUUUUAGAAAGUAUGAGUGAAGAAGGAAUUCUCAAAAAUUGUACACUUGAUCAGACUGAGACAAGUAAGUUUUCCAGUGAUGACAGGAAUAACGACACUUCAAGUAGCAAAAUAAGCAAUGAAAAAGUAGUCCUGGACGUUUCAAAAAUGGGUGGUCAAGAAAGCUUGGACAAAUGUGUAAAAGAGAUUAAAAGCAUCGUCGAUCUUUGCCCUAAAAAAUUGUUUGUACUCUUACCAAAACUUAACUAUGAUGAUAUUAAGAACAAACUGCAGGUCAGGUCCAGAACGCCUUCGAAUGAGAAGCAACUGAACAACACCAAAAGAAAAUCUAGUAGGUUGUCCAGCCAAUCUAACAAGGACCGUGAAUUAGGCAGUCAAGAAAACAAUUUACCGAUUGAAGAAAGCCCUAAUGCUUCAAUGGAAAGUAUUUCGUCAGCCGACUCGGCAAAUGAUCCAAAAAAGAAUAAUAAUUUUGAUAUGGAUGGCAGCGAGCUAGAACUACGUGCGAAUCUUUUAAAAAUGAAAGGUUUUGUGAAAGUAACGCAAAGAAGGGUCGUGAGAAAGAGAUUGGACAAAUCAUUAGAAGCGAUUGCUGAGAACGUAGCUGAGCCUUCUUUUGGUGAUACUAAUGAAUCCAAGACGAGCAGAAUCAAAUCAUUAGGCACAAAAAUUUCGGUUACCAAUAAACAUUCGGAUGAAAAAGCUUUGACGAACGACGAGUAUGACAAUAAUAUAAAAUCUCUUGAAAAUCGAGCAGUUUUUUUGAAGUCUGGAAAAUCGUGGGCAAGAUCUUUGUCAAUUAUUAAUAACUUCCACAACAAACAACACUUGGAUGAAUUGGCGAUUGGCAGAGGCAAAAGUUGGACGCAGAGCAUUCAAACUAUUUUGAACAUGCAGCCGGACGGAAAUGGUCAAAAAGACGGCGACAGAGAAAGUGACGGAAAAAUAAACCCUACGGUCUUACAAAAUCGGGUUUCGUCGAUUCCGCUUAGCCCCACGCGCUUCUCGAAGCGUUUUUCCAUACGAAUCAUCCCAAGUGGGAAAAGGUCAACGCUCACUGAUGACUUUUUUAACUCAAACCGACUCAGCUCCAGAAAUAAUUCAAUCUCAAGGAAAACUUCUCUGAGUGCGUUCUACAUAGAGUAUUGCCGUAAAAUUGGUGAAGGUGUUUAUGGCGAAGUAUUUUUGCAUGAUAAGGAUGACGUGAAAUCAGUGAUAAAAAUUAUACCCAUCGAAGGCGAUCAAUUGGUGAAUUGUGAACCACAGAAAAAGUUUCACGAAAUACUUUCGGAAAUCAUAAUAUCCGAAGAAUUGCACGAACUCAGACGUGGUGAUAUUCACAACACAAACGGUUUUGUCGGAGUUAAUAGAAUAAUGUGCGUCAUUGGAAAAUAUCCCAACAAAUUAGUUGAUUUGUGGAAUGUAUACGACAAAGAGAAAAAAUCCGAAAAUGACUGUCCUACUAUGUUUGGCGACGAACAAUUGUUUAUUAUUCUUGAACUUGCCCACGGUGGACAAGAUCUCGAAGUUUACCGUUUUCAAAACGCUGCAGAGUCGUACUCGAUUUUCCUUCAGAUUUCAUACAGCUUAGCUGUCGCCGAACAAUCACUCGAGUUCGAGCAUCGAGAUUUACAUUGGGGCAACGUUCUUAUAUCCAAAACGGAAGAAAAAAAUUUAAGUUUCAAGUUGAACAAUGACGAGAUAAGUCUUCCAACUAAAGGUGUCAAGGUUUCUGUGAUAGAUUUUACGUUGUCUAGAAUGUCGUACAAGGGCUGUAAAAUCUUUAACGAUCUGGCAUUGGAUCCUACACUAUUUGCAGCUCAAGGGGAAUAUCAGUUUGACAUAUACAGAAUGAUGAGGGAUAGCGUGAACAACGACUGGCAACAGUUCAAACCGCAUACCAAUGUUUUGUGGCUGGACUACACGCUUGAGAAAAUGAUAACAGCUGCUAGAUAUAAAAAAAAGACGACGAAAAUUCAUAAAACUGCCAUAAGCCACAUGAAAAAGUUGCGCAAAACGCUUUUAAAUUACCAAAGUGCCUCUGACUUUGUAAGUAAUUGUGAAAAACUC